UAAUCGGUGCUGGUUUAACCACUAUGUGGAAUGAAAACACUGGAUAUGGUGAAUUUAUAGGAUAUAUGGUAAUUAGUGGUGCUGGAAUUGGUAUAAGUAUGCAAGCUAUUACAUUAUGUGUUCAAGGAAUGGUUGAGCCAAAGGAUAUAGCUGCUGCUACUGCCUUAUCAUUAUUCUUUAGAAGUAUUGGAGCUGUUCUCGGAAUUGCAAUAUCCGGAACAAUAUUUAAUAAUAAGCUUUCACAAACUUUAAGUACAUUAACUUUACCUCCAACUUUUUCAACAGAAUCUGUACAUACUAUAAGAUUAUUAUCACCUGAAACACAGUCUUCAGUUAUUCAGGCUUAU